AUGUGUCGAACUGCUGAAGCCACUAAAAUUAAAGCACAUAAUUCAUUUCAGAAACUGACUCCCUUGCAUUGGGCUGUUGAUCGAGGCUUUUAUGACAUUGCGGUGGCUUUAAUCGAAUGUGGAGCCGACAUCAAUGCUCAGGACAAGGAUAAACAAACGCCACUUCACUAUGCCUGUUUUUGCCAGCACCGCGACAUGGCCCAGCUCCUGCUGGAUCGAGGCGCCGACAAAUAUGUUGCGGACGCCAAUGGCGAGUACCCUUCCACGGACUUCCUCCAAUUUGCGUCUUAA